UCACCCGCCAUUAGAAAGCUUUCCCUGACAACUAAAUCAAAAGCGAAACGAAAAUCUCAUACUCAUACCGAUCAGCCAUGAGAGUUGUUCUUCUGAGAACCGGUUCGGUCCCGGUUCAGGCCCAUCCGACAGUUUCUGGUUCGCCUCGAGUCUCCCUCUCCCGGCACGACUCCGUAUCCGGCGUCUUCUCCGGCGAGAGGAGCUCCCUCGGUUCCCCGAGGAUCUCCCUGCAUUUGGACACCAAUCGCGGGAGAGACUCUUCUUCAGGGAAGCGGAUCCGCAGAGUGUUAUCGGAAGGCGACGUAACUGGGGGCUCCAAACUGAGCGGAGCCGGAUCCCUGUCGUUUCCUGCAAGAAUACCAGAAGAGGAGUUCGUCUCGGAAAGCGAAGAUGACGGAUUCGUAUCGUUAUCAAAGGGCGUGGGAAUAUGGCCGGAGAGCGGGAUUCCUCUGGAGGACCUGGGAAUCUCCGGCGGAGGAAGGAAACCAGGCGUCGAAGGCGAUCACGGAGCCGGAAACGGCGACGAUCGGAGCAAGAUCGGCGUGUACUAUCUAGAAAUGCUGAAAUCAAACCCUGGCGAUCCGCUCUUGCUUGGAAACUACGGCAAAUUCUUGCACGAGGUGGAGAAGGAUUUAGCGAGAGCAGAAGAGUAUUAUGGAAGAGCGAUAUUAGCGAGUCCAGGAAACGGACAAUUGUUGUCUUCGUACGGAAAGCUAAUCUGGGAGUCACACAGAGAUGGAGAGAGAGCCAAGUCUUACUUCGAUCAGGCCGUUAAUGCCUCCCCUGAUGACUGCAUGGUGAUGGGGUCGUAUGCCAACUUUAUGUGGGAAGUGGAGGAGGACGAGGAUGGGAGUGAAGAGAGCACAGUACUAGCUGGAGCGUCACCGGCUCUAGUGGCGGCAUUUUAGGAGGAAGCUCUUUGGAGAAAAGCUCUUUUGAAGAACUUUGCUGUAGUUCAUUUUGUGUAAUAAAUAAAUAAUAUGCUCUACAACAACUACUAAGUACUAACCUCGAUAACGUAUAGAAUAAAAGAGCUUGAAUAAAUUAUGUGGAAUAUAUGAGGUAUGGACCCAGCUGGAAGCUACUAGGGGAAGGGCUCAAGAGGAUAAGAAAAAGAGAGAGGGUGAAUGUGUUCUUUUUGUUUGGUAUUGUAGAUGAGAUCUAACUCAUUACUUUAUAUUAUCUUCUGUAAUGUACAUAUAAAUGUGUAUACAUUAUGCAAUCUUGCCCACUUCAAUUCUACAACUUGUUUGUUGGCUGGCUGGCUUUA